AUGUCGGUCAUCCACCCGCAGCUGCAUAGCACCCUCGACAGCCUGAAGUUCCAGCUCAAGGACGCAUUCUGGGCGCUCUCAUCAUGCAUAUGCCAGCAGUCGGCGAAAGUCAAGAUCAAUGGUCGUACUUUCAAAAUCGUCCGUGUGCUCGGAGAAGGAGGGUUCUCGUUCGUCUACCUUGCGGAGGAUGAAACCAGCGGGAGGCAAUUUGCCCUGAAGAAAAUCCGAUGUCCAGGCGGGCAGGAGGAUGUGCGGCAGGCUAUGCGUGAGGUUGAGGCAUAUCGUCGGUUCAAACACCCAAAUAUUAUUCGCAUUUUGGACUCCGCAGUCGUGCAAGACCCAAACGGCGACGGGCAAGUUGUCUACCUCUUCCUACCCCUCUACAAGCGUGGUAACCUCCAAGAUGCUAUCAACGGCAACUCAAUCAACGGUACGCACUUCUCGGAACAGGAAAUGCUCCGGCUCUUCAAGGGCACCUGUGAGGCCAUCCGCGCAAUGCAUGACUAUCACGCCCCUACUGGGACACCCUCGGAUCCGUUCCCCUCGCGCGAGAACCAGUCCAGUGCAGCAGCUCGCGACCGCGCACAGCGAGCGCCAAGUCGGCGGCAGUCGCUGGACGAUGAAUAUAGCGAGAACACGCACGGGUCAUCGGUACCACUCAUGUCGAGUCAUCGUCCGACGGAGUCGAGGGAGCAGAUUUUUGAUGGCGACGAAGAGCUGGCGCAGAUACAGCAGGAGGGGACGUCACAGAACGGGGAGGCCGGACAGACAGAAAUCGUGCCAUAUGCUCACCGGGAUCUCAAACCCGGGAAUGUUAUGAUCGCGGACGACGGUUCACCGAUUUUAAUGGACUUUGGGAGCACCACGAAGGCUCGCAUCAAGAUUGAGAACCGUUCGCAAGCUCUGCUGCAACAGGAUAUUGCUGCAGAGCAGUGCACGAUGGCCUACCGCGCACCGGAGCUCUUCGACGUGAAGACUGGCGUCACACUAGACGAGAAAGUAGACAUUUGGUCACUUGGAUGCACGCUGUUCGCACUUGCGUACUCACAUUCGCCAUUCGAGAAUAUGCAGACUACCGAGCAAGGUGGUUCAAUAGCGAUGGCAGUGAUGAAUGCACAAUACAAGCAUCCAGACUCGGCUUAUUCGCAGGGCCUCAAGAGCCUCAUCGACAGCAUGUUGAAGGUCAACCCGAAAGACCGACCGGAUAUCCACCAGGUAAUCCAGACGACGGAUCGCGUUAUGCAGAGCUUGAGAUAG